UCAGUGAAGGCAGCAUUAGGACCAAGGGUGUGUGCAGUCAGUCAAGCUGACAGAGGGAGUCAGGGAGAGGAAAACACCGGGAACAUCUCUGCCUGGUUCAGCCGUGUCUGUUCUCGGUCUCCUCGGGUCUCCCUGCUCUCGGAGCGGAUCAUGGACAAUUCUCUGAGCUAGUUCUAGAGGAAAACACGGACCGUCCCCGGAGCUAAACCUGCAGGUGGAGUCUCCCAUCAUCUUCACCAUCAUCCUCGGAUUUCCCUCCAGAGGAGACCAAGCAGCGCUGAAAGGAUGCAGACUUUCCUGAGGGGUCGCAGGGUGGGCUACUGGCUCAGUGAGAAGAAGAUUAAGAAGCUGAACUUCCAGGCCUUUGCUGAUCUCUGCAGGAAAAGAGGAAUAGAAGUCGUACAGCUGGACCUCAGCCAGCCUCUGGAGGACCAGGGUCCGCUGGACCUCAUCAUCCACAAACUGACCGACCUCAUCCUGGAAGCGGACCAGAACGACUCACAAGCCGUGCUGCAGGUCCAGAGAGUACAGGACUACAUCGAUGCUCACCCUGAGACCGUGGUCCUGGACCCGCUACCAGCCAUCCGAACUCUGCUGGACCGCUGCAAGUCCUAUCAGCUCGUUCACAGAAUAGAAAGGUGUAUGCAAGAUGAGAGGAUUUGCUCUCCUCCAUUCAUGGUCCUGAACACGGAGUGCACCCCGGACGUACUGGAGCAGAUCAAGCUGCAGGGUCUCACAUUCCCCUUCAUUUGUAAAACCCGUGUGGCUCAUGGCACCAACUCCCAUGAGAUGGCCAUUAUCUUCAGUGAAGAGGACAUGAAGGAUGUGAAGCCCCCGUGUGUGAUCCAGAGCUUCAUCAACCACAACGCCGUGCUGUACAAGGUGUUUGUGGUGGGAGAGUCCUACACUGUGGUGGAGAGGCCCUCCCUGAAGAACUUCCCUGCUGGCCCUGCAGGUGAGCAACGGCUGAGGAGUCUGGAGGCUGCACACAUCCUCAUCGAAAGGAAAGCCAUUUUCUUCAACAGCCACAACGUCUCCAAACCCGAGUCGUCCUCAGACCUGACCUCGAGAGAGAACGUGGAGGGGGUGUCCCAACCGCCCUGCGAUGAUGUCAUCAGGGAGUUGUCCAGGUCACUGCGGCAGGCUCUGGGCGUGUCACUAUUCGGCAUCGACGUCAUCAUCAAUAAUCAGACGGGUCAGCACGCCGUCAUCGACAUCAACGCGUUUCCCGGCUACGAAGGUGUCCCGGAGUUCUUCAACGACCUGCUGAGCCACAUCAGCAGCAUCCUGCAGAGCCAUAACCCCGACUUUGCUCAAGGUGCCGAGCAGCCCAACGGCUUAGCGGUGAGCGGUGGUGGCGCCGCCCCUCAGGCCCCCUGCAACAGCGUGCGAGGGAAAGAGCUACAGAGACUGGGCUGCAACUCAGCUGUGUCUCCCAACUUCCAGCAGCACUGCGUCUCUACGAUAGCAACAAAGGCCUCCUCCCAAUGACUGAGCCCGGCCCGGCCCGGCCCGCUUGAUUCCAUAACAAGUAAAUCACAGUGGUGACAGUAAUAAUAAUAAUAACAACGACGAAUAAUAAUCAGUAAUUAAUGAUGUUAAUAAUGUAUCUAAUCAACGAUAGGCCUUUUCCUCUGUGGUUACUGAAACUGUUGGUGAUUGGGUGUAAGCUUCCUUCCCCUUUUUGUACAUUUGGUUCUGUCUGAUAAGACAGUCUCAGUACUGUAACGUGAGCCUUUGGGAACCUAAAAGCUGAUUUCACUUUUCUCCCUUUUGGGAUCUCUGUAAAGAAAGGGUCCAGAUGAGGUAGCAAACGGGGACAGCCUGAUC